AUCUACAAGGUUCGUCAAGUUUACAAUGGAAAGAAACCAUCGCUACAACAAAAGAAAAAGAGAAACCAGAAGCCUGAUGGAGUAAAUGUUGAUCAACGAGCUAGAGUGGUUGCAGAAACUUAUGAGAAGCAUGUACAAGAACGUUUGGGACAACUUGAAUCUUCGGGUGAAGGGAAUGUGACAGCUGAAAAUCUUGAUCAACGUGAGAAAAAUAAAAUUUAUAUUAAGGCUGCUAGGUCAUCUAAACAAGGUUAUAUCUUUGGACUUGGAGCUCUAAGGGAAUUUGUUUUACCAUGUGCUGAUACUUCUACAAGUCAACCACAACCAUCUGAAGAAGCAGAGAUGAUUACAAAUCGCCUGCAAGAGUUAGAAACUGAACUGAAACAAGGUCAUGCAGAAAAUCUAGAAAUUCAAAAAAGACUUGAAGCUAUGGAAAAAAUGUUGGAGUCUCUUGCAAAUCAAAAUGCUUAG